AUGGCCCGCCUGGCCGCCGCGCUGUGGAGCCUCUGCGUCACCGCCGUGCUGGUCACCUCCGCCACCCAAGGCCUGAGCCGGGCUGGACUCCCGUUCGGGCUGAUGCGCCGGGAGCUGGCGUGCGAAGGCUACCCCAUCGAGCUGCGGUGCCCGGGCAGUGACGUCAUCAUGGUGGAAAACGCCAAUUACGGGCGCACGGACGACAAGAUCUGCGACGCUGACCCUUUCCAGAUGGAGAACGUGCAGUGCUACCUGCCGGACGCCUUCAAGAUCAUGUCGCAGAGGUGUAACAACCGCACCCAAUGCGUGGUGGUUGCCGGCUCCGACGCCUUUCCUGACCCCUGUCCUGGGACCUACAAGUACCUGGAGGUGCAGUACGACUGUGUCCCCUACAUCUUCGUGUGCCCAGGGACCCUGCAGAAGGUGCUGGAGCCCACCUCCACGCACGAGUCGGAGCACCAGUCUGGCGCGUGGUGCAAGGACCCGCUGCAGGCGGGAGACCGCAUCUACGUCAUGCCCUGGAUCCCCUACCGCACGGACACGCUGACCGAGUACGCCUCGUGGGAGGACUACGUGGCGGCGCGCCACACCACCACCUACCGCCUGCCCAACCGCGUGGACGGCACCGGCUUCGUGGUCUACGACGGCGCCGUCUUCUACAACAAGGAGCGCACGCGCAACAUCGUCAAGUACGACCUGCGCACGCGCAUCAAGAGCGGGGAGACCGUCAUCAACACGGCCAACUACCACGACACCUCGCCCUACCGCUGGGGGGGCAAGACGGACAUCGACCUGGCCGUGGACGAGAACGGGCUGUGGGUCAUCUAUGCCACCGAGGGCAACAACGGGCGGCUGGUGGUGAGCCAGCUCAACCCCUACACGCUGCGCUUCGAGGGCACCUGGGAGACGGGGUACGACAAGCGCUCGGCGUCCAACGCCUUCAUGGUGUGCGGCGUCCUCUACGUGCUGCGCUCCGUCUACGUGGACGACGACAGCGAGGCGGCCGGCAACCGCGUGGACUACGCCUUCAACACCAACGCCAACCGCGAGGAGCCCGUCAGCCUGGCCUUCCCCAACCCCUACCAGUUCGUCUCCUCCGUGGACUACAACCCCCGCGACAACCAGCUCUACGUCUGGAACAACUACUUCGUGGUGCGCUACAGCCUGGAGUUUGGGCCUCCAGACCCCAGUGCCGGCCCAGCCACUUCCCCGCCCCUCAGCACGACCACCACAGUCCGGCCCACACCCCUCACCAGCACGGCCUCGCCUGCAGCCACCACCCCACUCCGCCGGGCACCCCUCACCACACACCCGGUGGGUGCCAUCAACCAGCUGGGACCUGACCUGCCUCCGGCCACAGCCCCGGCCCCCAGCACCCGGCGGCCCCCAGCUCCUAACCUGCACGUGUCUCCGGAGCUCUUCUGCGAACCUCGGGAGGUGCGGCGGGUCCAGUGGCCGGCCACCCAGCAGGGCAUGCUGGUGGAGAGGCCCUGCCCCAAGGGGACUCGAGGAAUUGCCUCCUUCCAGUGUCUACCAGCCCUGGGGCUCUGGAACCCCCGGGGCCCUGACCUCAGCAACUGCACCUCCCCCUGGGUCAACCAGGUGGCCCAGAAGAUCAAGAGCGGGGAGAAUGCGGCCAACAUUGCCAGUGAGCUGGCCCGCCACACCCGGGGCUCCAUUUACGCGGGAGACGUGUCUUCCUCCGUGAAGCUGAUGGAACAGCUGCUGGACAUCCUGGAUGCCCAGCUGCAGGCUCUGCGGCCCAUUGAGCGCGAGUCGGCUGGCAAGAACUACAACAAGAUGCACAAGCGGGAGAGAACCUGCAAGGACUACAUUAAGGCUGUGGUGGAAACGGUGGACAACCUGCUGCGGCCAGAGGCUCUCGAGUCCUGGAAGGACAUGAAUGCCACGGAGCAGGUGCACACGGCCACCAUGCUCCUGGAUGUCCUGGAGGAGGGUGCCUUCCUGCUGGCCGACAAUGUCCGGGAGCCGGCACGCUUUUUGGCUGCCAAGCAGAAUGUGGUCCUGGAGGUCACAGUUCUGAACACAGAGGGCCAAGUGCAGGAGCUGGUGUUCCCCCAGGAGUACCCGAGCGAGAACUCCAUCCAGCUGUCCGCCAACACCAUCAAGCAGAACAGCCGCAAUGGGGUGGUCAAAGUCGUCUUCAUCCUCUACAACAACCUGGGUCUCUUCCUGUCCACUGAGAACGCCACGGUGAAGCUGGCGAGCGAAACGGGCACAGGCAGCCCAGGGGGCACCUCCCUGGUGGUGAACUCCCAGGUCAUCGCAGCCUCUAUCAAUAAGGAGUCCAGUCGUGUCUUCCUCAUGGACCCUGUCAUCUUUACUGUCGCCCACCUGGAGGCCAAGAACCACUUCAAUGCUAACUGCUCCUUCUGGAACUACUCGGAGCGCUCCAUGCUGGGCUACUGGUCGACCCAGGGCUGCCGCCUGGUGGAGUCCAACAAGACCCACACCACAUGUGCCUGCAGCCACCUCACCAACUUUGCCGUGCUCAUGGCUCACCGUGAGAUCUACCAGGGCCGCAUCAACGAGCUGCUGCUGUCGGUCAUCACCUGGGUAGGCAUCGUGAUCUCCCUGGUCUGCUUGGCCAUCUGCAUCUCCACCUUCUGCUUCCUGCGGGGACUGCAGACUGACCGCAACACCAUCCACAAGAACCUGUGCAUCAACCUCUUCCUGGCUGAGCUGCUCUUCCUGGUUGGCAUAGACAAGACUCAGUAUGAGAUUGCCUGCCCCAUCUUCGCUGGCCUGCUGCACUACUUUUUCCUGGCUGCCUUCUCCUGGCUGUGCCUGGAGGGUGUGCACCUCUAUUUGCUGCUGGUAGAGGUGUUUGAGAGCGAGUACUCCCGCACCAAGUACUACUACCUAGGUGGCUACUGCUUCCCAGCCCUGGUGGUAGGCAUCGCAGCUGCCAUUGACUACCGCAGCUAUGGCACCGAGAAGGCCUGCUGGCUCCGCGUGGAUAAUUAUUUCAUCUGGAGCUUCAUUGGGCCCGUCUCCUUUGUGAUUGUGGUGAACCUGGUGUUCCUCAUGGUGACCCUGCACAAGAUGAUCCGGAGCUCAUCUGUGCUCAAGCCUGACUCGAGUCGCCUAGACAACAUUAAAUCCUGGGCCCUGGGGGCCAUCGCGCUGCUCUUCCUGCUCGGCCUCACCUGGGCCUUCGGCCUCCUCUUCAUCAACAAGGAGUCGGUCGUCAUGGCCUAUCUCUUCACCACCUUCAACGCCUUCCAGGGGGUCUUCAUUUUCGUCUUUCACUGCGCCUUACAGAAGAAGGUGCACAAGGAGUACAGCAAGUGCCUGCGACACUCCUACUGCUGCAUCCGCUCCCCGCCCGGGGGGGCUCAUGGCUCGCUUAAGACCUCAGCCAUGCGGAGCAACACCCGUUACUACACAGGGACCCAGAGCCGAAUUCGGAGGAUGUGGAACGACACCGUGAGGAAACAGACAGAAUCUUCCUUCAUGGCGGGUGACAUCAACAGUACCCCCACUCUGAACCGAGGUACCAUGGGGAACCACCUGCUGACCAACCCCGUGCUGCAGCCCCGUGGGGGCACUAGCCCCUACAACACCCUCAUUGCCGAAUCAGUGGGCUUCAAUCCCUCCUCACCCCCCGUCUUCAACUCCCCAGAGCACCCCUUGGGAGGCCGGGAAGCCUGUGGCAUGGACACACUGCCCCUCAACGGCAACUUCAACAACAGUUACUCCUUGCGAAGUGGGGAUUUCCCUCCAGGGGAUGGGGCGCCUGAGCCACCCCGAGGCCGGAACCUGGCAGAUGCUGCCGCCUUUGAGAAGAUGAUCAUCUCGGAGCUGGUGCACAACAACCUGCGGGGCAGCAGCAGCGGGGCCAAAGGCCCUCCACCGCCUGAGCCCCCGGUGCCACCUGUGCCGGGGGGUGGCAGUGAGGAAGAGGCUGGUGGGCCCGGGAGUGCUGACCGGGCAGAGAUUGAACUUCUCUACAAGGCCCUGGAGGAGCCCCUGCUGCUGCCCCGGGCCCAGUCGGUGCUGUACCAGAGCGAUCUGGACGAGUCGGAGAGCUGCACAGCAGAGGACGGGGCCACCAGCCGGCCCCUUUCCUCCCCUCCGGGCCGGGACUCCCUCUAUGCCAGUGGGGCCAACCUUCGGGACUCGCCCUCCUACCCGGACAGCAGCCCUGAGGGGCCCAGCGAGGCCCUGCCCCCUCCCCCACCCGCACCUCCUGUCCCCCCUGAAAUCUACUACACCUCGCGCCCUCCAGCCUUGGUGGCCCGAAACCCCCUGCAGGGCUACUACCAGGUGCGGCGGCCCAGCCACGAAGGCUAUUUGGCAGCCCCAGGCCUUGAGGGGCCAGGGCCUGAUGGGGAUGGGCAGAUGCAGCUGGUCACCAGCCUCUGA